UAGUUCUUGUAUACUCGUAGAAACUCAUCACGAAUCGUGAUACGAAAAACUACAGUGAUUAGUAUACAAUUUAUUAAAUACAUAAAUAUAUCGAGUAAUUAAAUAAAAUGGCUCGCCGAUAUGAUACCCGUACGACAAUAUUCUCUCCCGAGGGACGUUUGUACCAAGUGGAAUAUGCCAUGGAAGCAAUCAGUCAUGCCGGAACCUGUCUUGGAAUUUUAGCAAACGAUGGAAUUCUAUUGGCAGCUGAAAGACGAAACACAAAUAAACUUCUGGAUGAAGUAUUUUUUUCGGAAAAAAUUUACAAGCUCAAUGAAGAUGUAGUUUGUUCAGUUGCUGGCAUAACAUCUGAUGCAAAUGUACUGACAAAUGAGUUGAGAUUGAUCGGCCAGAGAUACUUACUUCAGUAUGGCGAGACAAUACCUUGCGAGCAAUUGGUAUCAUGGUUGUGUGAUGUAAAGCAGGCAUACACUCAAUUCGGUGGUAAAAGACCUUUCGGUGUUUCAAUUCUUUACAUGGGAUGGGACAAACAUUACGGCUACCAGUUGUACCAGUCCGAUCCGAGUGGUAAUUAUGGUGGGUGGAAGGCUACAUGUAUUGGCAAUAAUUCAGCAGCAGCCAUUUCAUCAUUGAAACAAGAGUACAAAGAAGGAGAGACUACUUUGAAAGAUGCUCAGGCAUUAGCUAUUAAAGUUUUGUCUAAAACUCUUGACAUGACUAAACUUACCGCUGAAAAAGUUGAAAUGGCGACACUAACUCGUGAAAAUGGUAAAACAAUAACAAGAAUUUUAGCAGCCGCUGAAGUAACAGCUUUGAUUGAAGAGCAUGACCGACUAGAAGCACUUGCCGAGCAAUCUAAGAAAGAGAAACAAAAGCUCUGAUUUUUAAAAUUAUGAUAAUAAUAUUAAUUAUAAAUACAUUACGCUUCGGUGCGUUGUAUGAGUUUUUUCACGGAGGUAAUUAAAUUCAUUCUUUUUUCAUCAUUAUAUUAAAUAAAAUAAUAAAAUUUAUUAAAUAAUCAAAUCAAUAUA